AAUUCUAUAUUUUCAUUUAGCUUCUUCUUUUGUGAGCAAAAUAAAUAUGAAAACAACAGAAAAGUUUGAGAGGUUCGCAAGCUGCAGAGGUGUAGCAUUUGAAAUAAAGCCUCGCGAAGAUCCAUUUGCUGUUCCUAAACAACCAAUAAUUGAAGCUUCCCAAGGUAGCAAAAGAUUUUGGCUUAAUAGUUUUAGCAAAAAGAUUGUUCCAUCUUCAUCUUUUAUGCAAAGAUCAAUGAGUCGCACUAGUAGCCAUUUUUGUGACAUAGUCAUAGAUUUGGACGACGACGAUGAUGAUAAUGAUAAUGAUGAUGUUACUCUAGCUGACAUCGAAGAAGGCUAUUACGAAAAAGAAGGGUCACCUUUGCAAAUUCAAGUGGGAUCAUCAUCACCAUUGCCAUUUCUUCCUCCGAAAACACUGAGCAAACGCGAAAAGAAAAACCCUAAUUCAUCAAGAUUGUCUGUCAUUCUUCUUGAUCAAGGCUUGUUUACAGUUUACAAACAAUUAUUCGUGCUCUCUUUUGUUAUAAAUAUCACUUGUUUGAUUCUUGCUGCUACUGGGAAUUUCUCAUAUGCAAGUAGAAAAGCUGUUUUGUUUUCCAUUGGGAAUAUUUUUGCUUUAACACUAUGUCGAAGUGAAGCAUGUUUGCGAGUAGUAUUCUGGCUUGCAGUGAAUUGUUUAGGAUGGUCUUGGAUUCCUAUUCGGAUCAAGACUAUGGUUACAUCUUUACUUCAAUCUCUUGGUGGAAUUCAUAGCGGUUGUGCAAUCUCUUCAAUUGCAUGGCUUGUUUAUGCCUUAAUCCUGACGUUGAAUGACAGUGAAAACACUUCCACUGAAAUCAUUGGCGUUGCUUUUGCAAUCCUUUCACUUCUCUGCUUAUCUUCAUUGGCUGCAUUUCCCCUCGUCCGCCAUCUCCAUCACAAUUUCUUUGAGAGAAUUCAUCGAUUUCUUGGAUGGACAGCAUUAGCACUUCUUUGGGCUUUCAUAACCUUAACAAUUUCUUUUGAUCCCGAAACCAAAUCUUACAGGACUGAGAUUAGUUCUAAACUGAUAAAACAACAAGAAUUCUGGUUCACAGUGGCAAUCACAGUACUAAUAAUCAUUCCAUGGUUAACAGUGAGACGUGUUCCAGUGAAGAUCACAUCCCCAUCUGGACAUGCUUCGAUCAUCAAGUUCGACGGUGGAAUCAAACCUGGAAUUUUAGGAAGGAUUAGUCCUUCACCCUUCUCCGAAUGGCAUGCAUUCGGGAUCAUUUCGGAUGGGAAAAAAGAACACAUGAUAUUAGCAGGUGCAGUUGGUGAUUUCACAAAAUCUUUAGUAUCAAAUCCUCCUAGCCAUUUAUGGGUUCGACAAGUUCAUUUUGCAGGCUUGCCGUAUUUAGUAAACAUGUACAACAAGGUCCUGGUGGUAGCUACUGGCUCAGGAAUCUGUGUUUUUCUGUCAUUUCUUUUGCAACCAUGUUCAGCUGAUGUGUGUUUUCUUUGGGUGACGAAAGGGGUGGAACAAAAUUUUGGAAAGGAAAUCAAAGAGAUGAUUAAUGGACAUCCAAAUGAGAAAGUGAUUAUACAUGAUACAGCUUUACUUGGUCGUCCAAAUGUAUCAGAAAUGAGUGUUGAGACAGCCAAGAAAUGGGGAGCUGAAGUGGUUAUUGUUACUAGUAAUCCAGAAGGGAGUAGAGAUGUGGUUAAUGCAUGCAAAAAGUCUGGAAUUCCUGCCUUUGGUCCUAUUUGGGAUUCUUGAGACGGGGGAGUGCUCCGUACGAAGGAUUUUUCCAUACCCAGGGCUCGAACUCGAGACGUCUGAUUAAGGGAAAAGCAGCCUCAUCCGCUGCACCACGUCCUUUGGUGGUUUUGCUAUUUAUUUGUAUCUGUUAUAUUACAACACAAAACUAAUUAUUGACCAUGAUAUUCACUUUGAAA